AUGCCUGCAAUGGCCCACCGACGACGUUUCGAGGGUUCGCUGGACAUGGUCGCCGCGCGACCUGAGCUUUUCGUUGAUCUUGUGUCGUCUCCGUCGAGCACGGAUAAUGCCUGGAGCAUGGUCGAUUCCCCUGUCCUCGGGCGAAGGACAAAUGGUUCACGACUGCGUGAAGUCACUAACCAGAGGGUUGAUAUCUCCAGGAAGAUCAUAUCUGCGGCCCCGGUGGCACCUUUGAAUAUCAAGAAGAUGCGACGACGAGCAAUGUUGAAAGGCGUACACUUGGUCCUGCCCGCGUCUCCGAUGCCACCAACCACACCAGGUCCUUCGACCUCGCUUACCUUCACCGCAGAGUGGGACUCGACUCAGAGGGGAUUCCUCUUCACGCCUUUGGGUGACGAGCCUUCUUCUGCGAGGAGUGUCCAAGCCACUAUCAGUCCAGUGCCAGACGAUAUUGAAGAAGAAAGUCGUUACGGCGACAGUGAACCAGAAGUGCCCCUGGCAGACGACCCUCACCCUAAUAGCCCUAUGUCUUGCAGCUCCACGAGCUCAGUAUUCUCACACUCCUCAUCCCUAUUUAUUCACAAUCGCAAGCAGUCCACCACCUCCACUGCUCCGUCCUCGAUCUGCGACGACGAUGCCAAGCUAACUCUGUCCUCCUCCACGUCUCUGCGUUCGCAGACUUCACAUUCCGCGCAGUCCGAAGCCGACUGCGUUGCCGUCGUUCUCGAGCCUGUGGAACUCGAUUAUUGUCUCGAGGGAAUUGACGAAGACGUUCUGGCAGACCCAUGGCAGGCAUUCGACUCACUGUGCUGGGAGUCUGUUGAGGAGCCCCUUCGGCCCGUCCGUGCAAGACCUGUCCCACGCCGCGUAAGAGGCCCGAGGCCGCGCCCGGAUGUCCCCGUUGACACCGCGAGCAAGAUCCUGAGUCCCGCUGAGGUGAGCCCCAGCCCGCCCUCCGCCUUAUCCCCGAUACCGACGCGCGUGCCCAAAGAUUAG